GUUCACCACCUUCACCGAAGCUGACCUGGCCCUGCGUCAGAAGGCCGCGCAAAUGGACGCCCGGAUCUCGCGACAACGCUACGCGGACGAGAACUACGGGGUGCACUCCUUAGAGGAGCUAAAAGAUCCGACUUGUCUCCAAAAAAUGGUUCAGCAUCCAGGAUUCGACAGUUUCUUCGCCAUGGUUGUUAUCCUCAACUGCUUCUUCAUUGCUUUUGAAGUCCAGGACAGUGUUUGGAGUGAUGGGCAGACGUCGAUCUUUUUGAUGGUCACUCAGUAUACCUUCAGCAUCACCUUCACCAUCGAGUUGGCCUUGCGGUUUGCCGCGUCGGGGUGGCGAUUGCUCUGUGGCGACGAGUGGUCCUGGAUCCUCCUGGAUUUGGUGAUUGUGGCGAGCGGGUUGACGGAAAUGGGUGUGACCCUGGUGACCAGAAUGGUCAAUGAUGGAGGUGGCAGUGUCCAAGUGAACCUUCAAGGCUUCAAAGCCUUUCGUAUCAUUCGUGUCACUCGGAUCUUGAAAACCUUGCGUUUGGUACGGGUCUUUCGCUUCAUCAUGGCCUUGCGAACUCUUGUCACUUCAAUUGUCUACACCUUGAAGUCCCUGUUCUGGGCGAUGGCGCUGCUAAUGCUCAUCAUCUUUGUGUUUUCGGUAUUGUUAGUGGAAGCCGUUAGUGAUCACUGGGGUUCCCUGGACAAUCCCAACAUGCCGCCGGAAGAUGCUGAGAACAUCCAGGCCUAUUUUGCUUCACUUCCACACGCGAUGCUCAGCUUGUUUAUGAGUAUUUCAGGUGGAGUUAGCUGGGAGGAGGUCAUCAGUCCAUUGGGCAAGAUCUCCAAUGGGUGGGUGGUCGUCUAUUUGUUCUACAUUUCAUUCACCUAUUUUGCCGUACUCAACGUGGUCACAGGUGUGUUUUGCCAAUCUGCCAUCGACAGUGCGCAAAACGACCAUGCGAACGUUGUUCAAUCCAUGUUGGCGAACAAAGAGGCCCAUGUGGAAAAGAUCAAGGAACUUUUUAGUCGUCUUGGUGCGGAUAAGACAGGUCUCAUUACCUAUGGCAUGUUUGAGGAAGGGAUCCAAAGUCCAGCCGUGAUUGAAUACUUCGAAACGCUGGGUUUGGAUGUGUGGGACGCCUGGUCCUUCUUCAAGCUCUUGGAUCUGGACGCCGGUGGCAGCGUUGAAAUCGAGGAAUUCUUUAAAGGUUGUCUCAGGCUGCGAGGCCAGGCGCGAGGAGUUGAUUUGGGGAAGUUGCUGCACGACCAGCGGUGGCUCAUCAAAGCCCAAGGCCGUUUCCAGGCCUACGUGGAGGCGAAGUUGGGAGAGAUGUGCGAAGUCCUCGAUCAGAUGAAUGGCUCCCACAAACUGGCGAAGACGGCAAAGUCCAAUUUCAUGCGUGGCGUCUCGCCGGUGAACAUGGAAGAAAGGUGUGCAUAACCAUGCGGUCUAUCUCUCAUCGUGUCGGAGCUCUGGCUGUGCUCGAGGAUGGAUGAUCCGGGUGCCGAUGAGUCAUUGGAAAUCCCAAUGGAACAGUAACACAUAGUAACACCACAUGCCUUU